UAACGAAAAAUACAGCCACCAGGAUCAAAAUACAAACGUGCGAUUGUCAUUUACGGAUAUUGUGGAUCAUAUUCAACCUAUUUUUGAACACGACGGGAAUAUUUCAAAUUUCGUUGAAGUAUCCCUUUAAAUUGCAAACGCUACCCAUGGUUUCACUUGGAGAGCGUGCUGGUAAGGAUAAUAUAAGUAAUGGGUAGAACACAAGGACGAACGAGACGAUUUCCCGACAGACGUCUGGUGCCAGUUGGGAAAUCCUCUUGUGCGUCCUUGUGUUUUCGCCAUUAUUUAUGUUAUCCAUGGUUUAAACAGCGGCUAGUGCUUGGCGCGAAGGGGCAGCCGGUGCCACGGCUCUGGCCGGUGCUACAAGCUGGGCCAAAUACUGGCAGGUACAAACUAAACGGCAAAACUAUAUCUGGUUGCGUGUACCGUACGUUUCAGUUAUGUUCUGCAUGCAUUUACAGUCACAAGGUGAAAAUUUUUCGCUUUGAUGUUUAACUCGCUCUCUCCAAGCUAGGUGGUGCCACCUGUGAGUCGGCAUUUCCCCCAUUUCCCUUCCCCAAUCGUCUCCCGAAAAGCUCGACGGACAAAGCUCGAAAUGGGAGGAGCAAGGCCAACUCCAAGAUGACACCGUCCUCCCCCGGUUCACAAAGAUCAUCAGCUGUGCAGAUCCGCAGGGUUAUCCUCGAGGCGGCCAGCUAACCCUUCCUCACUUGGCGGCGUGUAUCGAUGACCAGGUCCUAGGGAGAUCCUCCCUACGUCCGAGCUCUGCGGGUACGAUCCGAGCCAAAAAAAGCAAGAGCGGAAGCAGCGCCACCGGUCGUCCUAGCCGUGGAGGCGAUCGGAAGCCGACGGGCGACAUCCGAAGCAGACUCGUAGGACCACGAUUACACGAUGAAGCCUCUCACAUUCACGCGAGACAUAAUGGUACGGGACAGAUAACGGCGAAAGGUGUCGCGGAGCUUCGAUUCGGACCGCCUGGCCGAGAUGGCGCCCCGCAAACGGUCUCCACCACUCUACCCGCGCCACCGGGCCCUCUACCCGUCCGGCAAGCGCGCCGUGGACCGGCGCUUCCUGUCCGUCUACAUGGCCCUGGUGUUCUUCCUGCUCUUCGGCUGCCUGUUCCUGUCCCAACUGGUGUCGGACGCGCCCGGGGCCGUGCUCGAGCCCUUGGACCCCGGACUCCUGGAGGAGAUGUUCCGGCCCAGGUCGCCGUCCGACGAGCGGAGCCCCCUGGGCUUUCCGGACUCCUCCGAGUACGACCCUCCGGCCAACGUCAACAUGUCCACCCUCUUCAAGAUGGCCGAGUCAAAGCCGGAUCACUGGCAGCGAGUCCGCAGGACCAAUGACCGGUUCUACGUCUUCUCGGCCUACCUGGACACCCGGAGGGCGAGGGCCGUCCGCAUCAUAGCCGCGGCCCGCACGCGGCUCACGGACCGCGUCGUCUGCCGCCUCUUCUGGAAGACCACCGACGGCAGGGAGUUCCAGGCGACGACGGUGCUGGCCUCCAACAAGCUGAUCCGAGAGAACUGGAACCUGCGCUACAGCGCCUUCUUCCUGCUCUGCCCGCUGCCGCCAGGCAUGACUGGGGAGACCCCGCUCUGGGUGUCCGUGCAGCGCCUCAACGACCGGGCCCUGCCCCGCAAUGUGCUGCUCGUCCACCGCAGGGACCAGCACCCCCGGCCGCCCGAGGAGCUGGCCGUCUGCGUCAAGCCCAUUCACUACGACUACAACAAGGUGCUGCAGUUUGCAGAGUUUGUGGAGCUGAACCUGGCCCUGGGCGUGUCCCACUUUGUGCUGUACAACCACACUGUGGGGCCCGACGUGGGCUGCCUACUGGAGCGCUAUGUGUCCGAGCGGCUGGUGACCCUGCUGCCCUGGCAGCUGCCCAUCGCCUCCCAGCGGGAGAUCCGCACCGAGGCCCUCUUCGCCGCUCUCAACGACUGCCUGUACCGCACCAUGCACGCCUUUCGCUGGGUCGCCAUGAUCGACCUGGACGAGUUCAUCGUGCCCGCGGGCAACAUCACCCUUCCGGCCAUGCUGCGCCGCCUGCAUGCCGCCCACCAGAGGGCCGGGGCCUACUCCUUCCGCAACGCCUUCUUCUACCUGCAGUGGCCGGACGACCCCACCGCCGCACGGGACCGUCUGCCGCUGGUGACGAUGCGUAAAACCCUGCGCAAGGCGCACCUGCACGCCCACCGACAGCGCUCCAAGUGCAUCCUGGAGCCCGAGAGCGUGGUGGAGGUGGGCAACCACUUCGUCUGGGAGUUCCUGGCGGGCAAGGCCACCGUCAACGUGGCCUCCAGCGUGGCCUUCCUGCACCACUAUCGGGUGUGUGAGUUCGGCGGCAACGACUGCGUCAACGCCACCUCCGUGCGGGACGCCCGCCUCCACUUCUGGAAGCCCCGGCUGCUCGAGGCCGUCGGACGCCGCAUGCGCAUGCUGCGCCGCAGGGACCUCGCCUGCCCCGGGCGGGGCAACGGGACCGCUGCGCGCCGGUCCUCCCCGCCCGGUCGGUCCUGAUCGAGCGGCCCGUCGCUCGGCCAAACACCGACCACGCCGGGAACGAAACAGCGGCUCGUCCUUCCGUCCGGGAACACAAACGCACGUGCGCCGCCUAGAGGGCGUUAAAAGCAACGGAACGGCUGGACAGUUUCUUCGACGGUAUCGCUCCGCGUUUGGGGAAGGGUAGGUCUGGGGAAGCUGAGACGGGCGACACGAACGAUUUGCACAAAGCGAACGACGCUACGCUGCCCGAAUUGGUACAAGCCACCGUGUGAUGUCCGGCAGAGUAUCUGGGAAUUGGCGGCGACGGAGUGACGUUGAAUUAGGCUCGCGUUGGAGCUUGGCCGUAACCUCGACUGACGGUGGACAGCGGCGAGUGUAACCGAAGGGCUUCCGACAAAACAGGGAUUUAGACGACUGAACUCGCGAGUGCGUUGGGAAAACGUUGCGUCGACCUUCUGUCAAGAAGUCUCGAACCAUGGGAUGAGCAUUUACGUCGACGAAAGGGUAACGUUUUCUUGUCUUGCACCGCAGGACGCUCGGACCAUGUGAUCCAAGAACCCCAAACGUGAGUUGUGAUGGAGUGGACGUGCGGUAUUGUCUCGGUAACGGUACGAAGCAAUUAACGAAUUGCACAAACAAGCACAGAGGUAGCCACCACGCCCGACGCUUAGCUUAGGAUAUGAAAAUGGAAGAGAUGCUCCCAGGGGUGAGAAUUCCCGGGACCGCGCGAGAUCAAAUGUUUGAACAAGGUUUUGCCGCCUUCUGCGAUUGGGACGACCGACGACCGGGACGUGCGGGCAGUGCCCUUCUUGCGACACGACUCCCGGGUGCAAGCGACAAGGACUGGAACCCUUGCAAGAAAGCCAACGAUGUCAGAAGACAUUGAGAAGGUCGAACAUUUGAUGGACGACGUUCCGCGUCCUCUACGUGCGACAAAAUGUGCCCAUUUAUAAGAAAAAGCAAUCGUCACGCAGCCAAGUGCCGUUGUCCACGUUUAACGGGCGUGCGCGGUCGUAUCCACGUGACGCUGACUGACGCUCUCUCGAAACAAAAACAGAGAUCUAACAAACUAAUGGACGACUGAAAACAACGAAACGAUGAUCAGUGACCACGAAGGAGUGCGCUCGAAUAGAGAGACGGGUUGCGGGAACCCCGAAGGCUGCAACCAUACAUGAGGAAGACAGGAGUGCUUCGCGCAACCGUCCGAUGCGCCCGUUUAAAUGUGACUAUCGAACGUGCAGGAUGUAUGCAGGACCCUGGUGUGUUCGCUGGUAUCGCAGGGUUCGCAGUGUCACGCUUUCUGUCCGCCAAUAAGCUGCGCGAUUGUUGUGGGCUGAGCGUUUUCAGAUCACACGUCGAAGAAGGGGAAGGGGCGGGCACCAACGUGGGGACACGAGACAAUAAAAUGUCAAUUCAGACGGCCAA